UUCUAUAGAUAACCUUUCUCGCGACACCUAACCUAACUUUAUUUAAAAACAAAUCGAACAAAUGAAAUAUUAAAAUGUUAAAAGUUUGGAAAUAUAAAAACUCUAUUCGGCUGUAUUCUUCAAUUUCGACAGAGAAAUGGAAAAGUGUAGUCGGAUUAGAAGUACAUGCCCAAAUUACAUCGAAAACAAAGCUUUUUUCUCCCUCUUCUUCGGAAUUUUUCUCACCUGUUAACAGUAAUGCUUCAUUUUUGGAUGCUUCAUUACCUGGCACCCUUCCUGUACUUAAUAAAUCUUGUGUUGAAGCUGGUGUAACAACUGCCUUAGCUCUGAAUUGUACCCUGAACAUGGUGUCUAUGUUUGAUAGAAAACAUUACUUUUAUGGAGAUAUGCCUGCUGGUUAUCAAAUUACUCAACAAAGAAGCCCACUGGCUCGAAAUGGUAUCCUACAAUUUUUUGUAUACACUCCUGGCGUUCAUAAAUCACCUUAUAGUAAAGAAGUUAGAAUCAAACAGUUGCAACUGGAGCAAGAUAGUGGAAAAAGUUUACAUGAUACUGAUCGUAGCUUAGUAGAUUUAAAUCGAGCAGGGAUGGGAUUAAUGGAACUAGUUUUUGAACCUGAUCUGAAGGAUGGAGAGGAAGCUGCUGCUCUUGUCAAAGAAUUAAUAGCUAUAUUAAAAGCAAUAGGAACUUGCUCUUGCAAAAUGGAAGAGGGUGCUUUGAGAGUUGAUGCAAAUGUUUCCAUUCAUAGAAACGGGGAACCCUUUGGUGUAAGAACAGAAAUAAAAAAUAUUGGUUCAGUUAGAGGGGUAGCAUCUGCUGUUCAGUACGAAAUAGACAGACAAAUUAAAAUGAAAGAAAAGGGACAAAAUAUAAUUAAUGAAACUAGAUCAUGGAAUGCAACAAGUAAAUCAACAUUACCUUUACGUGAUAAAGAAGAAAAGCAGGACUACCGUUACAUGCCUGAGCCCAAUCUUCCCCCUCUUCAUCUCUCUUAUGGAAAUUUCAUUCCAGAAUCAGUCGAUGUGGAGCCCCUCAAGAAAGCAUUACCUGAAUUACCAGCUCAGACAAGAAUUAGACUAAACAAAGAGCUUGGAUUGACUGAAAAUCAAGCAAUACUUUUAGUGAAUGAUUCUACAUUGUUGACCUUAUUUGAAAAAGCUCUGGAGGUCAAGAGUCUCAAACCGCCAUUGUUAGCCAAUAUAAUUAUAUAUGAAUUUUCCAAAAUAAUUACUGACUUCGAUUCAAGACACGAAGAAAUACCUCAUUGGAUACAUUUUUUAGCUGAUUGUGUAGAUUUAUUGGAUACAAGACAAAUUAACAGAAAUACACUCCGUUACUUGUUCAAGACUUUAUCUGAAGGCUGCAGAGAAGAUGCAUUACAGAUUGUAAAAACACAGGAUCUUUUUCAAAUAACUGAUGCACAAGAACUAGAAAAAUGUUGUGAAGAAGUAUUAAAAGAAAAUGAGAAAAUUGUCAGCCUCUAUAAAGGGGGAAAGAAAAAGGUCUACAAGGCAUUAAUGGGAAGAUUAUCCGCGAAAACUCAGGAUAAAGCAGAUAUGGCUAAGUGUGAUGAAAUUAUGAAAAAAUUAUUAAAUAAGUAGAAUAG